AUGAUGAAGUUCUUCAGCGCCUAUGUUCUGAUGGUGACUGCAGUUGUGGCUCAGACCCAGAGACCUUUUGUUGACAUCACGCCGGUACCCAUGGAGAAACUCAACCCUCGACUUUCAGGUAACUUCACUGGCCAUCUUUACAGUAAUCUGUAUUUUCAGAAUUCCUUCGUAUCGAUACCAACUCGGAUAAUCAACUGACCUUCAGCGAGUUCAUUCUUUCUGACCGACCAUUCAUUGAGAGUCAGUCCAGGUAUUUCCAUGAACUCGAUCUUAACAAUGAUGGACGAAUCACCAGAAAUGAAUUCGAAAAUUAUUUUAAGAAACAUGACGAAGAAGAGAGACAACAACGAAUUCAGACCGAUCAGUUCUUCAAAAACCUUGUAUGUUACGGUAUUUUAAAUACGACCCUUUAUAAUCUGUCGCGCAGUAUUUUUUAUAAUAAUAUUAGAGGUAAAAUUUUACGGAUUGUAGGUAGAGUGUAGCUAUUUUGCGGGUAUGAUGUCCAACUUUUAGGGGCGACCAUCCAAUUUCCCUUUUAAAGACUUCAAAGGCGUGGUUUACGCAUUUCGAGCCUCCAAAAAUGUAAGGGGCUCCUGGUAUAUCCCACCUUUCUGACUAUUUCAGAACAGUUCUCCACCGUUUAACUUCGGUCCUCGCUUCGGGCCUGUGAAUCCUCAACUUCUUCAAGCCAGCGAAGCCGACAAACACUCCAACAACAGUGAAUCCAAAAAUGAAUAA